CGGAAAAUGAUAAGAAAGAGUAAAAAAGAAAGCAAAAAAUUCCGCCGAGUUGCAUAUAAUUCCCAUAAAAAGGUUGAAGAUGUCAUCAUGGGAGUGAAAAAAUCCUACAGAUUGCCAGAAAGAAAAUACUGUUGAAAUAGUACAAACCAAGAAAAAGCAUGUUAAAAGACGUAAAAAGAAAAAUAUGAAACAAUUGCGACAAGAAGAACUUAUGCGGGGUAUUGAUGAGGAUGACAUCGAAAUUCAUCGCUAUGAGCGAAUUCUUGGUUAUAAUAAGCGAAAAAGCAAAAACAUGCCGAAAGUAUUCCGCAUCGAAGGGCUCGAUUAUCUUCUCGAGAUGUGUGAUUCGAAAUCACAACAACAUAGCGAUGUUGAUGGAGAGAGUUGUCCCGACGUGUAUAAUAAUGGAAUGUUGAGCGAUGAAAGCGAUGAAGACAGCAGUAAAAGUAAAGUUGAAAGUAGUGCCUCGACAACGUCCAUCCUAAAAAAAAACUUGCCAGGAUCUCCAGAAAUUCAGCAAGAUGGUUGUAGUGAAAUGGAUGAGAAUAGCGAGGAUGAAAAAGAUAUUAAUAUGAACUCAGAAGAAGAAGAUAUUUAUGGUCGCCUUAUCAAUAAGAAGACAGGAGAAUUUUUGCCUUCAAAAUUAUGUGCUAAAGAGAAGCUCAAUGAAUUAGAACAAAAAGCCGGGUUACUAGAAACCGAAGAGCAUUUAAAAUUAAAAAAGUCCUUGCGAGGUCUAGUCAAUCGAUUGAAUGAACAUACUUUGGUGGGUGCUGUGAAAAUGUUCUCCGAUAUAUUUGCCAGCAGAGGACAUAAUGAGGUAAAGCAGUUGCUUUUUUCGGAAAUUACAAACAGUGUCGAUGUAAGUUAUCGCUUACCGGAUCGGCUCAUCAUUGAAUAUGCAGUAUUUAUCGCUCUUAUUCAUACAACUGUUUCUGCAGAAGUUUCUGCACACUUUGUCGAGAAUUACAUUCUUAAACUUUUGGAAACAGUUGCUGCAUUGCCAGAGGGUAAAUCCCUUGAAAACCUCUGCAUUCUACUCGCUGAGUUGUAUAACUUCAAAGUUAUCAAAGUCAUUGUGAUUAUAGAAAUUAUGCAGUGUUUGCGAGAACAGGUCAACGACAAAUGUCUUACUUGUUUCAAAGCUCUUUUAAGUUAUUGUGGUAACACUAUGAAGAGCAGAGAUUCGGAUGCUUUGCAGAAAUGCAUAGUAGAAACACAGUCAUUCUUCGCACAAGUUCCAGAAACAUCUUCCAAAGCACACCAGUUGCGGUAUAUUGUGGACGAGAUCAACGCAAUAAAGAAUAUAAAUAUUCGCAAAUUUACGGAUAUGAUAGAUUUUGAAUUGUAUUCUCAUUACGUGGACAUCUUCCGUGGAUUAACGAAAAAAAUGGACAAAGAGAAGGAGCUGCCGAUGAGUGUGGAUGACAUAAUGCACAUAGGCGAACGUGGACGUUGGUGGCUUGUUGGUUCAGCCUGGUUUCCCACUACUUCAAUGUCGAAAAACAAAACUGAUGACAAAUUAGCUGGAGAACCCUCGAAAUUCAGUGCAUCCUUAUUGCAACUUGCGAAAAAGGCCAAAAUGAACACAGCGAUUAGGCGUGACAUUUUUUGCACUAUUAUGUCUUCGACGAACGAAAUGGAUGCAUUCGAAAAAUUGUUGAGACUUUCUUUCAAGGGACAACAGGAAAGAGAAAUAGUGCACAUUUGUGUUCAUUGUGCGUUGCGAGAAGCCACUUAUAAUGCAUUUUAUGCUGCUGUCAUCGAUCGCCUGUGCUGUUAUCACAAACGUUUUAAGCUUACGACACAGUACGCAUUAUGGGACCGAAUCAAAGUUUUAUCACAGUUAAAUGAAUUGCAGCGCGAAAAUUUAACGUUGCUUAUUGCCGAUCUCAUGAUUAAACGAUCAGUUGGAAUUACUGUACUAAAGGUAAUUGAAUUUGGUGCGAUUGAUAAAAUAACAGCUCAGUUUGUGCGAAGUAUUUUAUCCGCAGUGUUGAUUCGAAGUACGCAGCAGGGGCUGAUGGAUAUGUUCCAAAAUGUGGUCAAUUCACCGCAACACAAGUUUUUUGUGGAGGGGCUCCAAGUUUUCAUUCAUGUAGCAUUAAAAAAGCAUCAGAAGAAUGUUGACAACAAAUUGCUUUUGUCAAGAAUUGAGUUUAUUGAGAGUAUUUGGGGUAAUAUUCCUCUUUGAUGCAAUUUUCA